ACUUCUGUCUGUGCUACCAAAUCACCACGCUUGGAAUGGUGCUGCCAACUCCGCAAACUACGUAGAGGAACUGUCAAAUGGGUUUAUUUACAUUUUUCUAUGCAAUUGCCACCAAAAAAAUUGUUCGCCGGUUGAACGAAUUGUUAAUUAUUUUUAAAUAGUUAAAAAAAUCUAAAGUAUUUGUAUGCAUUUUGUUCAAAUGACAACUUUUCGUGCUUUACUUACGGAUAGCGCCCGUGUUGGUUUCAUUAUGGGCGCCGGCGACGUUAUUAGCCAGACAUGGGUGGAAAAAAGGGAUCUUCGAAACAUUGAUGUGAACCGUAUGCUGAGAUUUGCCUCCGUGGGAAUUAUAUUUGUCGGUCCUGUAUUGAAAACUUGGUACGGAACUCUUGAUAAAUUGGUACCAAAGACGGACCCUCCAUUUAAGCGCGGAUUAAAGAAAAUGGCCUUAGACCAGCUAGUUUUUACCCCAGGAUUCGUAGCAAGUGUGCUGGGCGUGAUUGGCUUGGCAAAUGGCCAAACACGAGCACAAGUAAAGGAAACUCUAAGAGAAGAUUACUUUAUGAUUUUGAGUAGAAAUUAUAUGCUUUGGCCAGCUGCACAAAUUAUUAAUUUCUCAGUGGUUCCAAUUAAUUACCAAGUUUUGUUUGCACAGUUUGUAGCUGUUAUAUGGAAUACCUACCUGUCUAUGAAGCUGAACGAGGAGAAAAAGUAAUUUUUAGCCAACAAACUGCCUAUUAAAGAUAGACUUAUCCUUGCUAUAACGUAAAACGCCGUAAGGAUAAAGAAUGAAAACAUAUAAUACAUAGCUUUAAUACAAUACUCAAAAUCUAGAGAAAAUGUAUACAAAUGUAAAUAUGUAAUCCGAAUACGUAUAAUGUAAAUCUUAUGCUAACAUACUUUUGUAACAAAUAAAACAUAAUUUAGAAGGCACUUGUUAAUAAAUACACAUAUGUAGAUAUAACCAAAGAAACUCGUUACCAAAUUGCCAUUGUAAAAUCUGCAAAAUAUUUUUGAAUCCAUAUUAUUUGUAAAAGAAUAAUCUGCAAAAUCAAAUGAUCUUUGAAAGACCUGCAGUGGGAUUCUAG